AUGGCUGCUUUGCAACGGUCGGCCUUUUUCGACGCUAUCCAGCAGCAUGACCCGGAGAGCACGACCGUGGUGCAUUCACUGUCGGGACGCUCGUUCAAGUUUGGAGGUCUAUUACAGGAUGUCGCGAAAUCCAAGGACAAUCUGUUAAAGGCCACGGGCAAGACAGAAGACCAGCUUGCUGGUGAGAGGAUUGCUUUUGUGGUGGAGAAUAGCUACGACUAUGUAGUCACACUCCUCGCCUGCCUUGCAUCCAACACCAUAGCCGUGCCCCUCGCUCCUUCCUUCCCGGCGUCAGAAUUGAGAUACAUUCUGAACCACAGCCAGGCCUUGGCUCUCCUUCACUCUUCCACGUUCGCCAAGGUCGCUCAAGAGGUGUUGAAAGAUGGCCUGGACCAGCAACCUAUCAGCGUUGCCCUGGAAAAGAUUAAGGAACAAAAGGGACAAUCAUCCAGUCCAGUUGAGCUCAAAGGCGAAUCAAAUGCUGCAGAGGGUGGGAUGAUGCUAUACACUUCGGGCACCACGGCACGACCGAAAGGCGUCCUCUUACCGCAGCCUGUGCUCAUAGCACAAUGUCGUAGCCUGAUACAGGCUUGGAAUUAUACAUCAAAGGACCGACUGUUACAUGUGCUGCCCUUGCAUCACAUCCACGGCACGGUCAACGCUCUCCUGGCGCCUGUUUUAGCCGGCAGUACGAUCGAAUUCAUGUUCCCGUUCAACGUCGAUGCGGUUUGGAAGAGGCUAGCAGCUCCAUUCAUCGCGAGCUCUAAUGAGCACAAACCUCCGAUCACGUUCUUCACAGUGGUCCCCACAAUCUGGUCGAGAAUGCUACAGUCAUGGUCAGAUUUGCCGGACGACCUGAAGGAGGCCGCGGGAGAAGCCAUUCAGAGGAAGAAUCUUCGGCUCAGCAUUUCCGGCUCAGCAGCUCUGCCUACGCCCACCAAGAAGGCAUGGACCGACUUGUCGAAAGGCAACGUGCUUCUGGAGCGGUUUGGCAUGACAGAAGUUGGCAUGGCCCUGUCCUGUGGGUUGGACGAUAUAGACCGCAUCGAUGGCUCCGUGGGCUGGCCUUUACCCUCGGUGGAAGCACGGCUGGUAGAUCCAGAUACUCAGGAGAUCAUCAAGCCUGGCGAAGAGACUACGUCCGAAGGCAAGGAGCGCUCUGGAGAAAUUCAGUUGCGCGGACCGACCAUCUUCAAAGGCUACUGGCGGAAUCCAGAAGCCACGAAGAAAGAGUUUACCGAAGACGGAUGGUUCAAGACGGGUGAUAUCGCAGUGCGGAAGCCUGUCCAUGGAGCAGGUGAGGGCAAGAGUGGAGAGUGGGCGACAGGGCCGGCAUAUUUCAUCCACGGCCGAAAGAGCGCGGACAUCAUCAAGACCGGGGGCGAGAAGGUAUCUGCGCUGGAGAUUGAACGCGAGCUCCUUUCUCUCCCUCAAGUCAAGGAAUGCGCAGUGGUGGGCCUACCAUCCGAAGCAUGGGGCCAAAAGGCCGCAGCCAUCAUUGUCUUGACCGAGCAAGGGAAGACCGCCGGCCGAGGCGGCAAAGAGUGGAGUGCGUUGGACAUGAGGCGUGCGUUGAAGGACAAGAUGGUGGCGUACAAGAUUCCACAGGAUAUGAAGAUUGUGGACGAACUACCAAGGAACGCGAUGGGGAAGAUCAACAAGAAGGAUCUUGUGCAGAAGGUGUUCGGGGAUCUUGUUGCGAUUAGGAGGAGGAGUAUUGCGGCGGCAGAGGAGAGGGCGCAAGCCAAGGCUAAGGAGGCGGCGGAGCAGGCGAAGGGCGGUGCCAAUGGGCAUGCUUGA